UUUUGAAAUCCUUUCUCAGAGACUGCUUUUAUCAGAUCUUCAAAUUUUGUAGUUCCAACAACAACAAGAACAGAUUUCUUAGGCAUCCCUAAAAAUUAAAAAUUUAACCCUUUGCAAUGUCACGGCGUUAAAAUUUCAUAUAGUCUAGGCGUGGUCACAAUAAAAUGACAUCUUUCUCGAGAUGGCUUAGCUCUAGUAAACGCUUAUCAAGAUGGAGUGGACGGUUUAAGAGUUUGAUGAGUGACUAUGCUACAGUAUGCAAGGAUGUACUAGAAUAUGCAAAGAAGAAACCACUCCGUUUCACUACUAUGGUAACGAUUGGUUCUUUUGCUGGAGUCUCAUGGAAGAAGAAUCCGGACAUGAACGGAUUUGUAAACGAAGUACUUCAGUAUUCUAAUGAGAUAUCGUCUUGCAGUGAACUAACGAGGAAUCCAACAGCUCAGAGAAUUGUAGAGGGGCAUUUAUCAGGGAUAUGUAAUCGAUCAUUGGAUCACGUCAAUCUUGGAGUGUGUUCUCUAAUUAUACGGCUUCCUAAUUAUAAGGAUUGUAAGAAUUAUAUGGAGACGUGUCCCCAAUUAAAGCCCCACUGGUGGACGAUGAGAGAGAGGAUUGUAGAUAUUGGGUUUUGGGAUAAAUGGUGGGUAUUGGAAAAAGACAUGAUAGACUAUGAUGUGAAUCCAGAAUCAUUUUAAUAUUAUUCUUUUCAAAAUACUAAA